AUGGUUCAGCAACAUAUUGGAAAACCACUUGUUGGCGCUCAAAUACCUGGAUAUCGUGGCUAUCGCCCAAACAUUAAAUUUCAUUGCGGUGAAACCUAUGGGAAGUUGACUCAUCAUCUGUAUUUAGAACAAAAGCCGAGUUCCCAGGCAUCAAAUCAGUUAAAGCUACCUAAAAUCGAUAUGAACCGGAAACUAUCUAUCCCAAGAGGUGGAGAUGACAUAAAAUUAGCCCAGGAAAUGGUGCCGGGCUAUACAGGUUACGUCCCCGGUAUUAAAUAUCAUUUCGGAGCACGUUAUAAAGAUACUGCAGAAAGCUCAAUUCGAGAUCAUAUCAUAAGAAAGGAGGAAAACCGAGAAAUUUAUUCCAAUUUAAAACAAAUGACAGAUAUGUCUUCAAAAUUUCAUCAACAAUCGAAUUCUAGUUUUAACAGCGCCCAAAUGGCACUAGAUAACUUAGUCAAGAAUCGAAAUCAUGGAUUUUUAGGUGGUCGAAGAGAGUCCAUGCCUCCACCAAUACCUGGAUACUCAGGCCACAUUCCAAAAAAAACUGAUGGGGGGCUAGGUUUAAGAUAUACUGAUAUGACGAAAACUGUAUUCGAACAUCCUCAUUACUUCCCUCCAAUACCAUCAGAAUCUGUGAAUCAAGUGCCAGCUAGACCAUUUUCGACUACAUCAAAAGACGCAAAUGGUAUUUAUUCUGACGCUGGAAUGAUGCCAAACUAUACUGGACAUAUUCCUAAAUACGGCUUAAUAAGCAAUCGGAGAAGAGUUAAUGUUAUCUAUUUCUAUUGUAAAAGAAAAUCGGUAUAA